GUCCGCUCCCUCGGUCCUGUCGUGGGAGAACGACUCACAGUGCGUUCUGCUGCCGGUGGCGAUUCCUAGCUGGGAGACCGAGAGCUGUGCUUGGGACCAUUAGCCCCGGCUGGGUUUAGCUCGGAUCGGGGCUCUGGUGCUGCUUUUUGUGGGAUGAGCGGUGGUGACAUUGUUCCUCCAGGAAGAGCCUGGCUGAGGGUCCAGAAGGCAGAACUGGUAGGACAAGGCAUUAUGGUUUCAGACUAGAACAGGGGGCAUUUAGAUUGAAUAUGAGGAAGGAGCUCUUUACAGGUGGUGAGGCACUGGCACAGUUUGCCCAGAGAGGCAGUGGUGCCCCAUCCCUGCAUACAGCCAAGCCAGGCUGGACGGGGCUCUGAGCACUGAUGGAGCUGUGGGUGUCCCUGUGCACUGCAGAGAAGUUGCACCAUGUGGCCACUAAGGGUCCCUUCCAACUCAAACCGUUCUAUGAUAACCACUUGUGAGGAGUGCGGGCUCCUGUGCACGCAGGAGGAAGGUCCAUCUACCUGCAGGCACUGCUGGGUCUUUGUUCGCAGCCUGCACGGAGCUCCUCUGCAUGUGCAUCUUGCAGGCAGUCUCACCUGUAGCCUGGGCUGCGUGCAUGGGGAAUGGAGGUGGUGAGAUUGCAGUGGGAUGAGCAGCGACACCUGCUCCAUGCCCAGCUGAGUGCAGCAGGUCUGUUUCUCUCUGCUUGAGCUGCGAGGUUUGCGUGGCUUUGGCAGCAGCAGUGGGGCAUGGAGCAGUCAGGGCAGGAGAGUGUCCGUGUGAUGGGGAGAGCUCCGGUCCGUGGCUUCUGCAUGGGCUGUGCAUGCUCUCUGUGUCUGCAGGGCAUCUCUAUCCAUGCCACGUAUGGGGUGCGGUUCAUUCCUCAGAUGGAUGGCUGCUGUCUUUGGGAGCACGUGUGUGUCUGUGUUGUAUGGGAAGUGCUCAGCUGGCAGCAAUCUGGGACUGCCAGCCCUCUCCUCUCUUCCCAGUCCUCUCCCAGGCCCUGUGGCCUCUCUGCAGGAGAUGAUGCUCACAGAGCUGAAGCUGCAGAUCCCAUGCUUCUCAGCAGGAGCUGGGAGCUUCAGAGCCAGCACAGCAGAGCUCAACGAGCUGGAUGCAGCACAUUUCCUAUUGCCCAGGGACGAGCUGUGUGCUGCCGUGUGGGUGGCACAGCUGUCCAGGUGGCACGGCGAUGUUAUCUUGUUCCAGCCCUCUGCUCACACCGUUUGCUCUGGUGGACUUUGGCUUGUGGCAAGAGGAAGCUCAAAGCCGUGGGAUAGGCAGGAGUGGUGCCUCGACCCAUUGAGAACCUUGGAGCCUUCUCCCAGGGACUCCCCUGGUGCCUCUUCCCCUUUUGGUGGACCUCUUUGGUCCCUCUGAAGGCCUUUUGCUGUCUGCAGAAUCAAGAGAUGUCAGUAGAAGCCGUGGUGACUUGGGACACUGAGCACACCAGCACACAUGCAGGGAAACAGUCCCAUUGCUCUUGGUGGGGGGGGUGGGAAAUAAAUUCCAAGAAGACAUGGCACACUGGGAGGGCUUUUAGGCCUGCAGAUUGUAAAACUGCAUACCACAGCACAUUCCUGGCCAAGGGAAUUCCAAACUCUGUGUGGAGCUUUAGGUCGGUCCUUUGGGGGGUCUGGGAUGUGACAUGGGGAGCUCUGGUGUCCCGAGCUGUUGACCCUUCCAGCUCUUUUCACUUGUGUACAGGGUCUUGCCCUCAAACCUCACCCACAAACCCAGUGAUGUGUGUGCUGGCUCUUCUCCUGCUCUCAUCCUGCUUAUAGCUGAGCUUUUCCUGCGGACAAUUUCUCUGAGGAUAUCUCAGCCAUUGACUCCUUAGCUCCAUGCGUGCCCUUGGCUCCUGGUAGAGACGCACGGGCGAUGCUCCCUGGAGGCUUUGCAAGCAUCAGCCUUGGUGCAGCCUGUUCCCAACCUUCAACUUUAGAACAGCAAGGGACAGGCUGUCUCUGUUUCAUGUCUUCGCUGGAGCAAAGCUGAAGAAAGCCAUCAAGACAUGGAGGAGAUGAAUGUGUGGAGCAGUGAGUAAUGAUGUAAGCAAGCAGCUGCCUGGCCAGGCAUCCCCUGCUGACCUGUUCCUCUGUCUGCAGGCAGGCAUUUCUCUGUUCUGUGCUGGUGCUCGUCUCUCCAGCAUGACACAACUUCUCCUCUCUGGAGGGAAGGUCUGCAGGCUCUCUGUGAAGGCAGCUGGGGUUGUUGAGCUGGGUUUCCCAAGCCGGACUGUGUGGUCGUGCUGUGGCCAGGAUGCUGGGUUUCUGCACAAACGCUUUUCCACUUCUCUGGCUUAAACUGCAGGGGGUCAGUCCAAAGGCAGAUCUUUAUUAUUUUUUAUUUUGCUGACAAAGAGUUGCUGUUAGACCAUGGGCUGGAGAAGAAAGGGGGAACAGUGAGAUCAUGGCUCAGCUCUCUGCUCUGUGCUGCUGAUCCUGGAGGAGUUGUGUCCUCAGAGCACACCAGGGUGUUCUCCUCCUUCCUUAAGGCACCGCACCCUGCUCGGUGGGACCCCAACCUGGGACUUAAUGCGCAAUAGCAAAAACCCAUUUCUUUUCUGGCAGUUUGAAAGGAUGUGAUGAGAACAGUUCUUUGCCAAUGUAGUGCUGGAAGGCACAAAAUUUAUUGCAGAAAGGAUGGAGGGGAGACAGCAACUCGAAAUGUUGUGUCUAAUCUCAAAAACACAACUGUGCCAGCUGUUAAACAGGGGCCUGAGAACAAAGUGGGUGGUUCUAGUCCAAGGUCAGCACAAAGAUAGGGGGAAGUUUCUUCUUCCUUCUGAUUGCUGGAAAAAUGGUGUUGGAGACACAAGGGGGAAAGCAUGGCUACUGGUGCUGUAACCCUUGCGCUGCCGGUCUCUGUGGGUUCCUUUGUUAAUAAUUUCCAUCCUGUCAGGUGCUAAAGGACCAGGGGAUGUAGGAAAGCACCCAUCCAAAGAUGGCACCUGUAAAAUGUGGAAAGCUGUCUCUUGCCCUCCGUAGAGAUACCAAAUAUAUAUAUAUAUAUAUAUAUGUAAGGGGAGUUAUUCCAUGGGCAGGAUGAGCACGCUCUAGUUACAGGGGUAUGGGAUGAGUUAGAGUCAUCCAGCUCUGUUGCUGUGCUUCACUCUUGUCUGAAAUACCUGGUGCAGGCUGCUCACAGGAGGAGGUUAUCAGGCAGGACGGAGCAGGGACCUCCACAUUUCUCUUUUCGUAGGAGAGCUUGGAGAAUGUGUUCAUUGCAUUCAUCUGGGACAGAUGCUGCCAAUGCCUGCUAGCAGAUAGCAGGGGUCUUCCUAACUCUCACUGGGAGGGAUGGGGCAAUGUGGAGGGAGAGCCAAGCGUGCCAGGGUGUAAUGAGGGGGCUGAGAACGCUCCCUUGGCGGAGCCCCCUGAGAGCAGGGAAGUGGCUGUGCUGCAUGCGGUGGCUGCAGGCUGAGCUCUGCCCUUUGCUCCUGCACAGCCCUGGGCACAUCGCUGCCGGGGCGGGAUCCGGCUUCGGAAGUGGCUUCUGAGAGUGAGCUGUCGCCUUUGGGCAGCCCUCACGUGGCAGUGCCAAGCGUGAGGAUGUGGAACUAGAGGACGUUGCGAGCACUGCAGGGCGCAGAGCUGGAAAACUCAGCUUUACAGCAGAUCACCAAAGCGUCUUCUGGCAGAAGAGGGGUUAAACCAUAAUCCCCUCUUAGCCAGAGUAACUCAGCUGGCUGGCCCCCCAGCAUGGCUGCAAUAACGCACGCUCUGUGGAGCUGCGCUGUACAAGCAAAACAACUUUCUGGCCAGCUCUAGCAGUUCCCUGGGGCUCUGCAGGCAGGGCCACGACUGCAGCAGAGGCUGCUGGUGUGGAGGGGAUGUGGGGCUGGGGGUGCCCAGUGCCCCAGCAGCAGUUUCCCUUUGCCUGUGCCCCCUACCCUGCGCAGACAAAACCAGAUCCCGCAGCAGCGCCGAUGUCCCUGGGGGAGAGAAGUUUGGCAACGACGCUGACUGGGUUGGGGGGGGGGGGAGGAAGGCACUGAAAUAAUUUAUUUCCCUGAGAACUGGUUUGCUCCGCUCCACGUGAAGCCGAGACGCCGGGCUCUGAUCUGGACCACACAGGCUCGUAUGUCUCUGCAGGAUCCAGCUUGGAAAUGGAGGCGGAAUUGUUCCCGCACCCCAGAUGGCAGCCCCUGGAGGAGCUGGCAGGGGUCAGCGCCGGGAGGGAGGAAGCUCUGUGAUUUCUCUGCACUUCCACGCAGUCUCAUUCUUUGCUGGAAGUUGUUUCCAUGCAUGCAGGGAGCUGGCUGCGCAGCUUUUCUGUCUCCUUUAGGGAUGAGGAGCUGCUCUUCCCAUGCCCUACCAGGCUGCUGUUCCCCCAGUGCCGUGGCUGCAGAACUGGUUGUUCUCUGUCUUACCACCGUCCUGUCCAAAGCCAAACAAUAGCUGUAACUGUACCCGGGUCGGGGCCAAUCAUUUCCAACACCCCCGUGAUGAGUUCAUCCGGAGAGUCCCCGCGUUGCAGAGGCAAUGCUCUGUCGGGGCUUGUUCCCUGCUGGGAAAUUUUGCAGAAACCCGGAAUUCAAGGUGCACUGGGUUGCCUUGGCUGGGUACCCACCUUGGCACCGGAUCCUCCUGCUCUUCCUGGUGGGAACAAGGAGGUGAAAAUCUUCCGUGCCUUAAUCCUAGGGGAGCUGGAGAGGGGCCAGAGCCAGUUCCAAGCGCUCUGCUUUGUCACGCGGCUGCACCGCAACGAGAUCAUCCCCAGCGAGUCCAUGGCCAAGCUACGACAGAAAAACCCCAGGACGGUGAGGCAGGCGGAGGAGGUGCGGGGCCUGGAGCAUCUCAGCAUGGACGUGGCCGUCAACUUCAGCAAAGGGGCCCAGCUGAGCUCUCACAUCCACAACGUCUGCGCGGAGGCCAAAGAAGCAAUUUACACCCGGGAAGAAGAUGUCAAAUUUUGGCUGGAGAAAGGGAUGGAUGGCUCCAUGUUCGAGGUCCUGCCGCAGACAUCCGACCUGCCCGACCUGCAGCGCUGCAAGCUGUGCGCCGACCGCUGGAAGCCGUGCAUCUGCAGCUACUCGCUGAGCAUCGAGUGGUACCCGUGCAUGCUCAAGUACUGCAAGAGUCGCGAUGCCGCGGGCAAGGUUUCUUCCUACAAAUGCGGCAUCCGCAGCUGCCAGAAGGGCUACACUUUUGAUUACUACGUGCCGCAGAAGCAGCUCUGUCUUUGGGAUGAGGAGACCUAGCAGAGCUGGGCCAGGCCUCGUCACGGGGCGGCUCGUCUGCCUCCUGCUUGCGAUGCUGAAGGCCUCUUGGAGCUGGCUGCUCCGAAGAAGGAAUUCGGUUUGCAAGCGAUGCCUUGUGCCAGCAGAGCUCUGGGAAUGUGCCUUUCCUUUUGGUCCCCCCCGUCCCGACCCGAUGCUGCCUUGUGCUGUGAUGAGCAGGCCCAGCUCGCUGCGCAGUGAUGCUGUCCUGCACAAGUUUCUGGCCUGAAGCAGCAGGAGGGCUGUGCCUUGCCCUGCUCUGGAGCCAGCAGGUGUGAAGGGGUCAGCUGUGAGCACCACGGCUGCACUGGGGCAGGGGGAGAAGCGGUCCCGCAGGGCCAGGUUAUCCAGCAUCUCUGCCACCAAAACCCCUUCAUUGACUUUGCCACCUCCUGGUGACACGACAGCAUUUCUCAACGGGAAAACAGCUGAGUUAUGGGACCACAAACCCUGAACAAGGAAGGCAGGAAGCCCGCCCAAAGCAAGAGCCUGCCUGUAGCUUUCCUAGCAUCCAACCAGAUGCUGUGUCCUUCCUAUGGGGGGAUAUAUCCCAGCAAUUAUUUCUGCCCCAAAGGGCUGGUAACAAGGGCUCUAACUCACCCCUAUCUAGACUAGUGAAGGCCCAACUUUUUGCGUUGGUCCUGCGACUCUCCUCCCACGAAGCAACAAACAUCCAGAAAUGUGCACCUGCCACCCUAGCAGCUCGCUUACGAGGUGGGGGCUUCCAGAUGGGCACUGCAGACAGGAGAAGAAAACAUCCCGCAUCCACACCCAGCCUCCAGCGUCCUGCUCCACCAGGAGCUCUUAGGCAGCCGUGCUGCUUUGCUGUGCCUUGGUUUCCCCUGUGUGUGAGCAGGGAUGGUGCCGGAGGCGACCACGCACCUGGAGGGCAUCAGACAAAAAGCGCUGCAGGAGCACUGAGCGUUCUUCCACUCGACUUAGAACAAGCAGGGAGGGGACGGGGGCUCUUGGGGCCGUUGGGAAGCCCUGUUCCUCCCGGUGAGAAGCCUUUGCCGUGUGCCUUUUUUUUUUUUUUUGCCUAAAAUCCGGGAAUUUUUGACCAAAAAAGAAAACAAGAGGGUCGCAAUUAUUUUUGUAUCGAUCGCUUAAAGGGGAUGGGGAGGGGGUGGGGGGGGAGAGAAGGGAAAGGUAUUUUAAUACUGCAACAUGAAGUGAGACACACUUGAAUGAUUAUUUUUAUUAAAAAAAAAAAAAGAAAGAAAACCAACCAAAUUAUUUAUCGUUUGUAAGGUAAAAUAAACUGAUUUUUUUUUUUUUUUUUUAAAGCA